AUGAGUGAGUUCCGUAACACGACGGGCGCCGAGCCGACGGCCUUUGCGACCGCCAGCGCCGACGUCGGUGGCUUCAGCUUCGAGAACGUCCGCCGCAACGAGUUCUUGGCGGCUGUCGGCGCGACGUCGCAGGCAAAGUUCCGGGUGCAGAAGACGGGCACGACGAUCGUCGGCGUCGUGUACAAGGACGGCGUCGUGCUCGGCGCCGAUACGCGCUCGACGGGCGGCAGCAUCGUCAUGGACAAGAACUGCGAGAAGAUCCACUACAUUGCGCCCAACAUCUGGUGCUGCGGCGCCGGCACGGCCGCCGAUACCGAGAACGUGACGCAGAUGAUUUCGUCGCAGUUGGAGCUCCACCGCCUCAACACGGACACGUCGUCGCGUGUCGCGACCGCCAUGACGCUCCUCAAGCAGAAGCUCUUCCAGUACCAGGGCCACCUCUCGGCGGCGCUUGUGCUUGGCGGCGUGGAUGUCAACGGCCCGUCGCUUUACACGAUCUACCCGCAUGGUAGCACGGAUCGCUUGCCGUUUGUGACGAUGGGCUCGGGCAGCUUGGCUGCUAUGAGCAUCUUUGAGGCUGGCUACAAGGACGAUAUGACGGAGGCCGAGGCCAAGAAGCUCGUCCAGGACGCGAUCCUUGCCGGUGUUUUCAACGAUCUCGGCUCGGGCAGCAACGUCGAUGUGCUCACGAUCAAGAAGGUCAACAACGAAGUCGUUGUCGAGAAGGAGUUCAACUGCAUCACACCCAACAACGUCGCGGAGCUCCGCAGCCGGGUCAACCGCAACGUCGUGACGUCGAUUCCGCGUGGCGCGACCCGUGUCAUUCGCCAGCACUACGAGCCCAUGGUGGUCGUCGAAGACGGUACGCCCAUGGACCUUUAA